AUGACGUAUUGUUUCGAAGCUCUCAUCACUGCUCCACAAUCGGUGGUUAAUAAACUUGAAGUGAUGCAAAACUACGCUCUUCGCUUGAUUACAGGAGUUGUGAAGACCUCACCUAUCGAUGCGAUGUUAUUGUUAAUAGGAAAUAAACCCUUCCGGGAUAUUAUGAAAAUGAGUGCCUUGGUUCUCUAUGAAAAGCUGCUGCGGAUGGAGGAUCCCUACUGGAGGGAUUACGCAGUGAAGCCCAGGAAAUUAAAAACUCAAUAUGGAUCUAUUCAGAAAAUCCUGGACAUGAAGAAAGAUCUUGAAAUUCCAGGUAAUAUACAGCCUCUCUUGACAACCAGAAACCCUUCGGAGGUCAUUAAUGUCGAAGUAAAUGCUAGGCCUAGCCGAAAUCAUCCAAAGAGAGAUGCUGCACCAAGCGUUUUGAAAUGUCUCUCUUUGGAGACCAUUGCGACUAGAUAUCCACCUGUUCAAUGGCUGAACAUUUUUACUGAUGGUUCUCAGUUUGACUAUUAUUUUUUAAGGUUGAGGCUGGUGUGUUUUCGAAUCUUUUUUUCCUUGCUACGCCCCUGCAGGAGACAUUAG